AUGGCAUAUCUAAUUGUAUGGCAAAUAGAAGAUGUUUUCUUUCCUCUUAUUUCAGCCAUUGGUGUUCCUGUUAACUUGCUGGCCCUAGUGAUCCUGUCCCGAGGAAAGUGUGGUCUCUCCAAGUGCGUAACUCAGUACUUGAUUGGAAUGGCAGUGGCUGAUUUCCUUGUCGUUGUCUUUGAUGCGAUAUUUUCGAUCACUGUUCCAAUUCAUUUUCCACAUUCAUUCGUGAAAAUUACUCCCGUGUGCAGUACUUUUUCUGCCUUGGGGUCAGCAGUCACAGUGAUUUCUGUCUGGCUCACAGUCAUAUUCACUUUUGACCGAUUCGUGCCCAUUUGCAAUGAGAGAUUGAAAACAAAAUUUUGCACUCAGAGAACUGCAGCGGCAUUUCUAGGGACCGUGAUCGUGCUGGGCUGCCUGGAGUCUCUACCCUGGUAUUUCACAUUUGAGCCACGAUAUUUCAUUGAUAAUAUUCCAUGGGGCUGCACCCAUAAACUGAGUUAUUUCAGUUCCCCUGCAUGGGGUGCACUUGAAAUGACCAGCUACAUUUUAACCCCUUGUGUGCCAUUCUUUCUGAUCUUGCUGUUCAAUGUGCUGACUGUCAGGCGUAUUUUAGUGAGCAGUCAAAUCUGUAGGGGUCUCCGUGGACAAAGAAUUCGAGAGAAAAACGAGGAUGUGGAGAUGCAAAACUGGUGGAAGUCCAUCGCAUUGCUCUUCAGUAUAUCGAGCAGUUUUGUGCUCUUGUGGGCAACCCAGCUUUUCUAUAAUAUUCAUGCGCGAAUUACAGAUGUCCGAUUUUACUACGACUCCGACGCAGACUCUCACUUUAUCACAGAUCGCACAGCGAAGAUGCUGCAAGUUCUCAGCUCCUGCACCAACACUUGUAUUUAUGCUGUGAUCCAGGAUAAAUUCGGGAAAGAGUUGAAAAAUGUAAUGAUAUACCCCUUCAAGAGAAUCAUUAAAUCAUGUAACAUUUUGAAGAGCUUGAAACUAGAGAAUUAA